AUGUCGUCCCAUGUGGUGGUCACAUCGUCCUCUGCAAGGUCAACAAAAGUCAAGGUUUCGCCAGGGACCUACAUGUCCGAUGUACUAACCCAGGCCUGCCAAGCUUUGAACCUGUCGGGCAACUACAUCCUCAAACACAAGCAAAAGACCGUCGACCUUUCCGUACCCUUCCGUCUUGCCGGCCUGCCGGGCGGCGCGAAGCUCGACCUUGUCAUCCAAUCCAAGUCUCCUGCCCUAGUCACCGUCGCGGUCGCCAUACCUGCGCCUGAAGGCAAUGCGUUCCCCAACGGACGCCUCGGCGGCAAGUUCCCCAGCAACUUCACGGUCUGGCAGAUCCUUCGACAGAUCGAAGACCUGCCUGAAGCCGUAAACGCGAGACUCAAUAUCACGGCGCGAGGUGUGGCGGCCACGAACGCCGGCCAACCGAGCGGCAGUGGACAGCUACUCUACGAGCAGCCGACUCUCAAUAUUAUGGGGAGAGAGCUGGGUAGUUUCCAGGAUUUCCAAAAGACGCUAUCUCAGAUCGGAUACAACUCCGGAAGUGUUCUGAUACGCUUGUCGUAUAAGAUCACGGACAUGACAUUUUUCGAUGCCCAAAACCAGAUCGCACAGUACUUCAAGGCUCUCGAGCUAGCGAAGCCAGAGACUUCUUCAGCCUCUAAGUCAACUUCCGAAGAGGCGUCGCCUACUCCCGUCGCCACCCCAGCUUCGGCUGAGAGCUCUGAGAAGGACUCCUCGGUUACCCAGGAGCAGGGUGCUGCAGAUGCCGUCCCUCCUCACCGAGUGGCGCCUGUGAUCGAACACCCAGCUGCCCCCAGCGAUCCGCUGCAACCUGUACACAUUUUCGCUGCGCCCUCCUCGUCGACGCCGGCGGCUGCCCUCACUCACCACAACGAAGCCGACUUCACCCCUUCCAUCGUCCAUGCCCAGAUGCACCAGGCCCGGCUCAAGGAGAGCGGCAAGAACAAGCGUCUUCUGUCCAACAAGGAAUUGGAAGAGCAAGCGGCGGCGGCCGAGGCUAAGCUUGCUGCCAUCCAGUCCAUUGAAGCCAAGGUCCGCUUCCCGGACAACACUUCUGCCAGCUGGGUCAUUACAAAGGAGGAAACGGGCGCCAAGCUUUACAAGGCCGUUCGCACCGUCAUGGCCGAUAGGUCUCUGCCUUUUAGGCUCGCUAUUCCCGGAACGCGAGAGACAAUUCGUGACGAUGACAGCCCCGGAAAUGAGCUGAUGAAGGCUUACAAGUUGACCAGUAACGUUGUUCUCAAUUUCAUUUGGGAAGACAGCGUCGCCGACGCCGUCCGCAGACGGCCUUUCUUGAAGGCCAGCGCUGCCCAGGCUGCUGAGCAGAUUGUUGUUCCGGACCUACCAACUGUUGAGGAUGAGGAGGAGCAGAAGAAGCCUCCCGCUUGGCAACAGAAUAGUUCUAAGAUCGUCUCUGACGUGAGCAAGCACGGUGACGAGGCUAUGAAGAAGAUCGGAAAGUUCUUCAAGCUCCCUGGCAAGAAGUGA